CGGCGAGCUGCAGAUCCAGUGAGCAGUUUGACAAUUCUGGCCUUAGCGUCACCAUACCACCUUUCAUCGUAGACUCUAAGCAUUCUAGCCUGCUUGGAGGAUUACACGGAGAUGGAGUCUGUGCACGCUCAGGAGGUUAGACAUAUGGUGAUGAUGGACACUGGGGUGCCUCAGCAGGGAUUAACAUCCCAUCACUCCGACGCGUCCCAUGGGAGCGACCCUCCGCCACUGUUGUCCAGUAUCUCCCCUGAAGCGCCCGGUGGCCACAAUCCUCUGCCUGCCACGAUGCACGUACCAGAUUCUGCUAUCCCGCAGAUGAAUGUAGACCCCAUGGAUACACUUCAGACGCAUUCGACGACGGAGCGGGGUCCUCCUCCUACUUUCAUUCCAGACUUUCCCCCAAGGAACGGUUCAUACAACGGAGACACAACGAUGGGAAUCUCACUGGGUUCACAUUCGUCCCCGACUGUCUCCUCUGUCUCGAGCAGUCAGUCAUACGCUCCUUCCCCGGCUGUGAACGGCAUAGGGUCUGCCUACUCUAUAGGACCAUCCUCCCUUGCUUCCGCCUUAGAUGGAUUGGCUGUUCCUGGACAUCAUUCUGAGCCAACCAUCUCCCCAGGUAACCUGGCCAGAUCCAUUGCUGACCUGGGAUUUGGGUCUGCGAGUAGUGGGCACCCCACUUCAAAUCCUGAAGCGGGCUUUCAGUUAGAGUUUCCACCCACCCGAUUCGACAGCAGUAUUUCCAAGGAAAGCUCUCCUGACGUGCCAGGUGGGCCGCACUUAAUGGUGGUCGGCGACAUCCUCAAGAACAUCGCACAAACAGCCAGUUCAGCCAGUAAUGCGUGUUCCCGAGGGCACAGUGACGAAGCUAAUAUGAGAAUUGACGAACUUAAAAAGACUAUUAGCUUAGUCUCGGAACUCAUAGCCGCCACGCGUCUUGCGGAUGGCCCUACACUCCCCAGUGAUCAAGUUUCCCCGAAUCUCACUACGACUUUCGCCUCUCCUCCCUUAGAUUCUGGGAUCGGUGGUAAUGGAUCUCAAAAUUCAACCCCUCCUUCGCACUUCACUCCACCUUCUCAGCCAGUCUUCCUCUCCCAGAUGGAGUCACAAGGAAGUACGGACGGGCUGGACAACUCGCGGAAGCGAUGUGCAUCUUCAAUAUCGGGUGACCGGGUCAUCAAGGCCAUGAAAUUGACUAAGCAGGAGGAGACCCCAGUUCACGUUCCCCCACCCGGUCCACUACCCUCGCACAAUCUCAGUACACCAUCUCCGCCAAUUGUUCAUCCCAGUUCGAGUCUUGUGGAUUCUGCUGCCAUCAACCCCUUCGCUCCGUCCAAUCCUCCUUCAGAACCUGCUUCACGUCCGACCAGCUCUGCUGGUAUGAUGGGACACCAUGAUUUGAAUGUCUUGUCACAGGCGUCUGCUCAUCCGUCUAUUGGAUUUUCCAUGCAUGUUCCCCUCCCGUCAUCAUCGAAUCCUACUAGGACUGAAUUGAGCGCCUCCUCGGUGCUGCCUCCCAAUCCUGGUCGCAUGCCGGCUGCGAACUUUUCCGGUCCUCCAAUAGGGUGGUCUGAAUCAAGCUCAUUCCAUCGACGGCAAUCUUUUGGGACCGCUGGUAGUGAUGGUGGUCUUAAUAUGCAAGGCCUCCCUUCUUCCGGUCAGCCCGCACCUUUGCACCAAUUUGCGGCUUCAGCAAGUUUCGCUGCCUCCUCCCUGGGUUCACAGAUACCGCCCAUUCCAGGACCGAGUUCCUUGAAUCAUGUUCGUCCACUUCCGCGUCAGGUGCGAUCCAUGUCCAUUUCCAAUGGACACACCCCCGUAUUUGCAUUUGCUCCCGUCGAUGGAAGCAUGCCGGAUUUCCAAGAUCGCUUGCAGUCUCGGCCGACGACUAGCUCCCAAAGCCCUGGUUCAUCUUCCCAAGAUCAUGAUAUCGACGGAGAAAACGACUACGAUUCGGAUGGAAGUUACGAUAACCCUCAUUCGCAGUCGCAGUCACCGCCAUCUGGCGCGUCUUUCCGCAAGCGAGCUUAUAGCAGGGACGACCAAACUGGCGCUACCAGGAGGCCCAGUACGAGUUAUGGCAGCCGGCCCAGCAACCUUCUUUCUCACUCGUCCGCUGAGAAUGUCGGUUCUUCCAGCCAUGCAAACGAGUUGCCACAGGAGUAUAAGGCCGACGUCGACCGCAUUUUCUUCGACUUCUUGAACAAGAUAUGCUCAGAUCUUGAUGCCACUGACGCCAAGGGCGAGCCGAUUCACCAGACACUGAUGGCGAAGAAGAUGCAACGUCUGGACGAGUCUCCUGAUUUCCGACCCUUUAAAUUCCGUAUACAGGCCUUCACCAAUGCUUUCUUAGAGGAACUGGCGAAGCAAGGGUAUCCCGAGGAAAAGAUACCCAUGAAAAAGGUCCGAAAUUACUUGUGGAAUCAGCCCUACAUCUCUCGAUUCAACGAAGACGGGAAGAAAGCUAAAUCGAAGGGCAAUCAUAUAUGGAAUAUAGACGCAAAGAAAUCCACCGAUGGAGGGUGGAUUUUUAGGCCCUUCCAUAGGAGACUAGCCGGCAUGCCGCCUGGGGUUGCGUAUGUUGGCCUUCGCUGGUCAUGGACACCGCGGAUAUGGGAUCCACAAGGCUCGCGGUUGAAUACGCCUGUGCAGUAUUCGUCCCCGUGGUUGCCGACGUGGCUUUCGUGGAGUGAUGACGUGCUGUCUGGAACUCCCCCGUCUGAUGCCCAAAGCUGCGAUGUCACCGUGGAAGCCAGGUUCUUCCAAGACGGGAAGGAAGAAUUCCUGUCUCAGACGGUUCAUAUCACAAUCGCACCCAUGUCGACAGUAGAUACGAGCUUUUCUUCUUCGCGCCGACCGUCUCUAGUUGAUACGUCAAGGAGAGUCGCCAGUGAUUCGAUCUUGCCUCAAACGAACCCUGCUAGGUCUCGCAGACAGUCACUGCUAGGGCAAGGCAAUUCCCUUGCCACUCAAGAUUCUCAAGUGGUACAAGUGUUGACCACCGCUGCCCAACGCGUCGCACAAGAGGCGCAGUCACAAGUUGUUGCUGCCCGUUCCUUGACCGAUCCAGGGCCGGAGCUCCAGUCUCUAGCGAAACAGCAGCAUGUUCUUACUGUCACGGCGCAGGCUCUAGACAAGGAUCUCACAUCCUAUGAGGGCCCAACGGAGUCGUCCGCGGUUCUUGCAGCAGCCGCUCAUCAGGUGGUAUUCCAAGCUGCACGACAGGUAGCAGCAGAUAAAUCCGCCGCUGUUGCAAGCCACCUUUCCGCAGGCAUCCCUCCCUCGCCGUCUACUUCAGCGCAGGUCACUGUCAGUGAUGUGUCCGCCGUCACGCAGACUGCCGUUGCCCAAGCGGUGGGGAUAAUGGGGCCAUUGUCUAAUGAAGUCGAAGUGCUUAUGACGGCAAAUUCUUUGCUGCAACAGCAGACAUUGGGUACAUUGAGUGUUCCUCCAGGUACACUGGACCCUGCUCAACUAUCCGUGGCCAUAGACCAUACGCGCCCUCAUUCCACCGGAACUUUGCCACCGCAAGCGUAUGCUGCGCAGCCAAUGAAUAUGCCGACGCACGCUACUCCUAUCUUCCCUUCCGGGCCCCAUCACGGCAUGGAAUACAUAUCGCAUUCAUAG